CACCCAACCUCGUAGCGAUUCCCUCAAACCACGAUUUUGAUUGCACUCGCCCGUGACCCAGACGACUCGUGGGGCCAUGGCGAAAAAAGUGAAGGAGACUGGCUCGAAAGAGAAGAAGAAGACGAAAGAGUCCCCGAAACCUGUCAACAACACCACCGAAGCCGCCGCGCCCGCUCCGCUAAUCGACCUCGUCCACGCCUUCCUUAGCGAAAAUGGUUUUACCGAAACGGUUCGAAAGCUGGAAACUGAAACAAAGAAGAAGGAUAUCUCGUUCAAGAAUUCCGGGCAAGGCCGUCCCAGUCUAGUUGACUUGUUUCGCACACUGGAAAGCAAUGGCGCUGGAGCAAAUGCUGCCGAUGUGAUGGAUGUGGAUUCUUCUGCUGAUAGCAGCGCCGUCUCAGAAACCGGCUCGGACAGCGACUCGGAAAGCGACUCGGAGAGUGACUCUGGAAGCGCCUCAAGCAGCGGCUCCAGCAGCAGUUCUCGCGAGGCCUCCAGCGACUCCGAUAGCGACGCUGGGAGUAGCUCCAGCAUCGACUCCAGCAGUGAUGCCAGCGAGUCUAGCAGUGAAUCAGAGUCUGAUUCUGAGCAACGGAGCAAGCAGAAGUCUCAGGCAGCCAAGAAGGGAACCCUAAAGAGGAAGAGAAGCUCAUCGUCUUCUAGCUCCAGCUCAGCGUCAUCGAGUUCUGCAUCUAGUUCUUCAUCUAGUUCUGGGAGCGAUUCUGAAGUCGACCCUGCGAAAGUUCCCCUCCCUCCGUCGGAUGAUUCCAGCGACGCCAGCAGUUCCAGCUCUGGUUCUGAUAGCGACUCCGAUUCCAGCUCAGGAUCCGACAGUGACUCAGAUGCAAAGGAGACCAAGAAGACCAAGAAGACCAAGAAGACCAAGAAGACCAAGAAGACCAAGAAGACCAAGAAGACCAAGAAGACCAAGAAGACCAAGAAGACCAAGAAGGCGGCUACUGCAUCUUCCUCAUCCAGCUCGUCUGGGUCUUCAGAUUCCUCGGACAGUGAACCAGCCCAACCAUCGAAGAAGACCCAAUCGUCGUCGUCUUCCUCUGCAUCCGACAGUUCGUCAGAAUCGUCGGAUGAUUCAGAAAGCGAGUCCGAGACUGCGGCUAAGGAACCUACGGAGGCAGCCAGUACCGCCCAGGAUCGGAACCGGUCGGAUUCAUCCGUGACCUUGGCCAACGACUCUCCUGCGCCUGCAGCUGGAAAUAAGCGCAAGCGCGCCGACGGAGAUUCACCCAAGCCCAAUGGCAAGAAGCCCUUUGAGCGUUUCAAACGUAUUCCCGACACAAUCAAGGUCGAUCCACGACUUGCUAGCAACGAAUAUGUACCCUACGAUUACGCUAAUCGCGCGCACGCUGACCUGGUCGUCACCAAGGGCAAGGGAUUCACCAAGGAGAAGAACAAGAAGAAGCGUGGAUCCUACAGAGGCGGCGUGAUCGACACAGUUGGUGUUAAGAGCAUUCGGUUCGACGACUGAGUUGGAACGUUGGAUAGGAAACCUCCUCAUCCUCCCCCUUUUUAGGAGGAAAUACUUGGCCCUAUCUCAGCUGCCUGUUCCAAGACGACGAUACUGGUGCUCCGCGUCAUUCGGCUUCUCCAGUUUUCGGAGGAGCAUGUCAAUAUCGACUAUUGAUAUUGGCGAGGAUGGAAAAGAGCACAAUCGGGUCAGAAGACUAGUUUUCGUUCCUGUAGCAUGGUGUUGGUGGUCAAGCAAGCUCCAUAUCCCAUGUCCCGGAUUUGCAUUAGAUCCCUUCGAGCAUCAUGGUAGAUUCUAGGUCAAUUAGAUUAUGUUCUAAGUCCA